AUGCUCUCCGGCAUUCUCGUCUUCAACCAAAAGGGCGAGAACCUCAUCUUCCGCGCCUUUCGCAAUGACUGCCGUCCGCGCCUGGCCGACAUCUUCCGCAUCCAAGUCAUUUCCAACCCCCAAGUGCGCUCGCCCAUCCUGACGCUGGGAUCGACGACGUUCAGCCAUGUCAAGCACGAGAAUAUCUAUCUGGUAGCGGUUACCAAGAGUAAUGCGAAUGCAGCAUUGGUGUUUGAGUUUCUAUACCGGCUGGUGUUGUUGGGAAAGAGCUACUUUGGGAAGUUUGAUGAGGAGGCCGUCAAGAAUAACUUUGUUUUGAUUUAUGAGUUGCUGGAUGAAAUCCUCGACUUUGGUUAUCCGCAAAACACCGACCCGGACACGCUCAAGAUGUACAUCACAACGGAGGGCGUCAAGUCCGCCAUCGUCAACAACCCGACCGACUCGAGCCGGAUUACAAUGCAAGCAACCGGCGCGCUCUCGUGGCGCCGCGCAGACGUCAAGUACCGCAAGAACGAAGCCUUCGUGGACGUAAUCGAGGACGUGAACCUGCUCAUGUCCGCGACGGGCACCGUGCUCCGCGCCGACGUCACCGGCCAGAUCGUCAUGCGCGCCUACCUCUCGGGCACCCCGGAGUGCAAGUUCGGGCUGAACGACCGCCUCCUCCUCGACGGCGACAGCGGCGGGCCCGGCGGCGCAGGCUCGUCCUCAUCCUCGCACGCCCCCUCCGGCAGCAAAGCGACCCGCGCCGCCGCUGGCUCCGUCACGCUGGAAGACUGCCAGUUCCACCAGUGCGUGAAACUGGGCCGCUUCGACGCGGACCGGAUCAUCUCGUUUGUGCCGCCGGACGGCGAGUUCGAACUGAUGCGGUACCGCGCCACGGAGAACGUCAAUCUCCCCUUCAAGGUGCACCCGAUCGUGCGCGAGGUCGGCACCACCAAGGUCGAGUACAGCGUUGCCAUCAAGGCGAACUACAGCUCGAAGCUGUUCGCGACGAAUGUCGUCAUCCGCAUCCCGACGCCGCUGAACACGGCCAAGACGACAGAGCGGACGAGCCAGGGGCGCGCCAAGUACGAGCCCGAGCAUAACAAUAUCGUCUGGAAGAUUGCGCGGUUCUCCGGCGGCAGCGAGUACGUGCUUACGGCAGAGGCGACGCUGACGAGCAUGACGAACCAGAAGGCGUGGAGCCGGCCGCCGCUGAGUCUGUCGUUUAGUCUGUUGAUGUUUACCAGUAGUGGGUUGCUGGUGCGGUAUCUCAAGGUGUUUGAGAAGAGCAACUAUAGUAGUGUCAAGUGGGUGCGGUAUAUGACUCGUGCGGGCAGUUAUGAAAUCAGAUUCUAG